UUUAUUGCAACCUCCUUCUGUUACGUGCAGCCUUCUUCUUCUCCUCCUCCUUCUUCUUACUCAAUUCUUUAUGUAUAUAUAUGGAGGGUGGUAAUGGUGGGUCUUGUUCAUCAAUGGAGAAGGUGAUGGGAAACUAUGGAGAUCAACCUCAUGUUUUAGCAGUGGAUGACAACCUGAUUGACCGAAAACUCGUUGAAAAGUUGCUUAAGAACUCUUCUUGCAAAGUCACCACAGUAGAAAAUGGGCUAAAAGCACUGGAGUAUUUGGGGUUGGGCGUUGAUGGAAGGAACAAAUUAGACACUAAUGUUUCCAAGGUGAAUUUGAUCAUCACUGAUUAUUGUAUGCCUGGAAUGACAGGCUAUGAACUACUCAAGAAAAUUAAGGAAUCAUCAAUCAUGAAGGAGGUUCCAGUUGUGAUUAUGUCAUCUGAGAACAUCCCAACUCGUAUUACCAAGUGCUUAGAAGAAGGAGCUCAGAUGUUCAUGCUCAAGCCCCUCAAGCAGUCAGAUGUGAAGAAAUUGAGGUCUGAUUUAAUGAGCUGCAGAAGAUGACAACAAAUUUGUUUGAAAAAGAACUUUGGAACAAUACCCAUGAAG